CAGUGAUAUACAGAAGGCAGGAGACAAAACAGGAAAGAACAUCAUCAGAGAUACAGGGCACGACCCAGAAUCUGCUGCUGUAAAUGAAUUCCAGGAAAAGUUCAAAUUAAAUCUGAUGAAGAAGUUUCAGUUCUUGAAUGGAGUGAUAAUAAACCUGGGAACCCAAACACUCCUGAAUGAGAUCUACACAGAGCUCUACAUCACAGAGGGAGACAGUGGAGACGUCAAUAAUGAACAUGAGGUGAGACAGAUCGAAGCAGCAUCCAGGAGAACAACAACGGAGGAAACACCAAUUAAAUGCAAUGACAUCUUUAAGCCCUUAUCUGAACAAGACAAACCCAUCAGAUCUGUGCUGACAAAGGGAGUCUCUGGCAUCGGAAAAACUGUCUCUGUGCAGAAGUUCAUUGUGGACUGGACUGAAGGGAAAGCAAAUCAGGACAUCCACCUCAUAUUUCCACUUCCUUUCAGAGAGCUGAAUUUGAUGAAGGACCAGAAACUGAGUCUGAUGGAGCUCCUUCAUGUCUUUUUUAAGGAAAUAAAAGAAACAGAAAUGUUCAGUUUGGAAAAAGUUCUGUUUAUUUUUGAUGGAUUGGACGAGUGUCGUUUUCCUCUGGAUUUCCAGAACACAGUGAGUGUGUGUGAUGUAACUGAAUCUGCAUCAGUGCCUGUGCUGCUGAUAAACCUGAUCAAAGGGAAUCUGCUUCCCUCUGCUCUCAUCUGGAUCACCUCCCGACCUGCAGCAGCUGAUCAAAUCCCCUCUGUGUGUGUCCAUCGAGUCACAGAGGUACGAGGGUUCAAUGACCCACAGAAGGAGGAGUACUUCAGGAAGAGGAUCAGUGAUCAGAGCCUGGCCAAUAACAUCAUCACACACCUGAAGUCAUUAAGAAGCCUCUACAUCAUGUGUCACAUCCCAGUCUUCUGCUGGAUUUCAGCCGCUGUUCUAGAGAGAAUGUUGUGUGAAGCAGAGAGAGGAGAGAUCCCCAAGACUCUAACUCAAAUGUACACACACUUCCUCAUCAUUCAGAUAAACAUCAUAAGAGAAAAGUACUUAAAGAAGCAGCAGAGUGAUAAAGAAAUGCUUCUUAAACUGGGACAACUGGCUUUUGAGCAGCUGGAGAAAAGGAACCUGAUCUUCUAUGAUGAAGACCUGAGAGAGUGUGGCAUUGAUGUGAGAGAAGCAGCAGUGUACUCAGGUGUGUGUACGCAGAUCUUCAGAGAGGAGUUUGGGCUUCACCAGAGUAAAGUGUACUGCUUUGUUCAUCUGAGCAUUCAGGAACACCUCGCAGCUCUGUAUGUGCACCUGAUGUUCAGGAUAGACAACAAAAAUGUUCUUAAAAAGAGUCGAGCUUCAAAACAGAAGAAGGAAGAAAUGACAGUUUUAGAUUUCCACAAGUGUGCUGUAGUUGAAGCAUUAAAAAGUCAGACUGGACAUCUGGAUCUUUUCCUUCGCUUUCUUCUGGGUCUCUCACUGGAGUCCAAUCAGAAACUCUUACAGGUCUUAGUAACACAGACAGGAAGUAGCUCCCAGAGCAGAGGAAAAACAGUUCAGUACAUUAAGAUGAGGAUCAGUGAAGAGCGUUCUACAGAGAAAUCCAUCAAUCUGUUCCACUGUCUGAAUGAACUGGGUGAUAAUUCUCUAGAGGAGGAAAUCCAACGCUACCUGAAAUCUGGAAAACAAAGUGAACUCUCUUCAUCACAGUGGUCUGCUCUGGUGUUUGUGUUACUGACAUCAGCACAGGAGCUCGAGGAAUUUGAUCUAAAUAAAUAUUUCAGUCCAGAUCAGAUAAAAGAAACUGUUUUUCUGAAGCUGAUGCCUGUGAUUGCAGAAUCCAGGAAAGCAAUUAUCAGGUGUGAUGAAGUUGGAGUGAAAAGUUGGUCAGCUCUGGUAUCAGCACUCAACUCAGAAACCUUCAAUCUGAGAGAACUGCAUCUGACUGUGAAAACACUGGAUCUGUCCGACAGUACACUAGGAGACUCAGGAGUAAAGACUCUCUCUGCUGUACUGGAGAAUCCUCACAGUAAAGUGGAAAGUCUGAGGUUGUGGUCUUGUGGUGUCUCAGAUGAAGGCUGUGCUGCUCUGACUUCAGCUCUGAGAUCAAACCCCUCACACCUGAGAGAACUGGAUCUGUCUAAUAAUAAAGUAGGAGACUCAGGAGUGAAGUGUCUCAGUGCUGUACUGGAGAAUCCUGACUGUAAACUGGAGACACUGAGGUUGUGGUCUUGUGGUGUCUCAGAUGAAGGCUGUGCUGCUCUGACUUCAGCUCUGAGAUCAAACCCCUCACACCUGAGAGAACUGGAUCUGUCUAGGAAUAAUAAUGUAGGAGACUCAGCAGUGAAGUGUCUCUGUGCUGUACUGGAGAAUCCUGACUGUAAACUGGAGACACUGAGGUUGUGGUCUUGUGGUGUCUCAGAUGACGGCUGUGCUGCUCUGACUUCAGCUCUGAGAUCAAACCCCUCACACCUGAGAGAAAUGAAUCUGACUAAUAAUAAUGAAGUAGGAGACUCAGGAGUGAAGUAUCUCUGUGCUGUACUGGAGAAUCCUGACUGUAAACUGGAGACACUGAGGUUGUGGGAUUGUGGUGUCUCAGAUGAAGGCUGUGCUGCUCUGACUUCAGCUCUGAGAUCAAACCCCUCACACCUGAGAGAGCUGGAUCUGUCCUAUAAUAAAAUAGGAGACUCAGGAAAGAAGCUGCUUUCUGCUCUUAAGGAUGAUGAACAUUACAAACUACAGACACUGAAAUUCAGGUUUUGAUGAACAUCUUUGUGUGAUGAAGACUCCGGUGAUCCUGCGUCUCCAUGUUGGUGAUAGAGAACAUGCUCAUAAACACAUCAUUCAUUUAGUUAUAACACAUUAAACAGACUCAGAGACGUGAGAAGUGUGUGUUCAUCGUGCACAGUGAAUCACAGACUGAGUGAACACAGACAAGUGGAGUGACACAAGUCAUCAAAUCUGCCAGUUCUGUUAUACACAGAAUAACAUCAGCUAUACAUCAGCCUUGUUGUGGUCGUUGCUUGUCCAAACACAUUCAUGGACAAAAAAUUGACUGUUGUAUGACGCAGGUUUGAUGGGUCAUGUGAUUAUUUUGUGUUUAUGAUUAGUAUUUUUUUUAUAAUAUUUUUUUAUGCAUGCUUUUUUAUUGCUGUAUUCUUGACUACACAAUUAAAAUGACAUUGUAUUUAAGUGCUUACAGAGUCCAUAAUUUAAUCAAAUACAUAAACAAAUAAUGUUUACAUGUCAUUAUUUCUGUUUAAAAUUACGUAAAAAUGUAACAAACUUUGUAGCAAUACAGUGUUUGUAACAGUUCUUUAAGAUGUUUUAUGUUUAAAAACAAAAUAUUGUUACAAUACACUUACAAAAUGAUUCAUUAGUUAAAUGUAAUUUACUUUGCCAAUAUUUUCUAUGUAAAAAUAUCACAUUAGAUGUAACGCCACUUCUUCUUUUAACUGACA